UCCACUCGUUGCGCUCCAGGUAAAUUUGACACAUAAUCGAUCCCCGAAUUUAUCAUUCAAUUUUCACACCUGGGAGUUUUGUUGCGGUAGAGGUAUUAAUGCUCAGGUAUUUAAGGUGACUCGUCGCAAGAUCAAAAGGAAAAUCAACGGCGUACCAUGAGCUUGUUCAAGAUCCCCUUCAUCGUAGGUUUGGCUAUUGGCGUCUAUGUUUCUUUCACUUCUUCUGCUCCGCCACCGUCACCUGGCGAGUUCGUGGAACCCCCCGCGUUCGAAACUUUCAUGACAUGGCCUCUGAGACGUCUGGGACGUCUGGGCAUAGAUACGAAGAAGGUCUUCGUGUGGGCAGCAUCGUUCGCUGAAGUGGCCAGUAUCUUGGCCACGCAUAUAAAUUCAUCGCAACUUCCAGAGGGCACCUAUGGCGCCAGAGCCUUGCAGCUUCUAUGCUCUCUUCACCCUACGCCAAUCACCCCCGCUUUCAUUGCUGGUAGCCUUGCCUUCAUAAUCGGGGGCGUGAUAAGGCGUCAUUGCGUGGUGACACUAGGGAAGCACUGGAGCUGGCCAAUCAGCGUCAGAAAAGAUCACACACUUGUGACAAAUGGACCGUACUCGUUCGUCCGCCACCCAAGCUACACGGGUUUCAUUCUCCAAUAUAUAGGGCUCGUCGUCAUGUAUGGACACCGGGAAUCGUGGUUGAGGCAGUCUGGGUUUUUACAAGUGCCUUUCGUAAAAGUUAUAACAGCAACGGGUUUCUACGCGUUUACUCUAGGUACUUUCAUUUGUAUCAUUCGACCUGCAGUGGAGGACAAGAUGCUCCGGAGUGCGCUGGGCAAAGAAUGGGAGGAUUGGGCGAAGAGGGUGAAGUACCGAUUGCUUCCUGGGGUUUAUUGAUCAUACAUAUAUGUUGAGUGCUGUGUAUAUUUGGCAAGUCGUUGGGCCCGACACGCCAUGACGUAGCGCUAUAUUUCUCGGUUCACUUGAUGUUUGUGGUGUCUGCGGAUUGGUAAGUGGCCUAUUGUACAUCAUCCUAUAUCAAAAUAUAGCCUACGAUAAUAGUUGAAUACAUGCUGAACGUUGACCAUGUAAUUCGGAGAAUGAUACGAACUGC